UGGCCACUACUUUGCUUAUUCUAGUACAAUUGAGUACUUUAUUUGAAACGCUCAAUGCAACCCUCUAAAACAGCUGUUAAAUUUGUUUACAUUUUUCCGCUUUGCUGCUUGUGGAUCCGUGAAAGUGGAGCAGUCGUAAUUGGGGACAACAUUCCAGUAGCUGUUUUAAGCAUUUCAACCAGAGUUAAAAGUAGCAGCGAAAUAAAAGUUCCACAUCAACCUUUUUUAUUCAAAAUGUUCAUUGAAACAUGCAUAGCUCCUGUGAACAUUGCGCUGAUUAAAUACUGGGGCAAGCGGGAUGAAGAGUUAAUACUGCCCAUCAAUGAUUCGCUCAGCGUGACCCUAAGCACCGAUGAGAUGUGCGCCAAGACAACAAUAGCUGCUUCAGCUUCCUUCAAGUGUCACAUUAUGUGGCUUAAUGGCGAGGAGGUGCCGUUUGAAGAGAAUCCACGUGCCAUGCGCUGUUUAAAGGAGAUACAGCGACUCGCAAUUGCAAAAGGUCAGCUAAAAUUCCCCAUAGACUGGAAGCUUCACAUUGCAUCGCAUAACAAUUUUCCUACAGCUGCUGGCCUGGCAUCUAGCGCUGCGGGUUAUGCAUGCUUAGUACAAACGCUGGCAUUUUUGUAUGGCGUUGAUGGUGAAGAAUUGACGGCAAUAGCGCGGCAGGGCAGUGGGUCAGCAUGCCGUAGUUUAUAUGGCGGCUUUGUACGGUGGCACAUGGGUAACCGUAGUGAUGGCAGUGACUCCCUUGCACUACCUGUAGCUCCGGCUGAACAUUGGCCAGAAUUGCAUAUUUUCAUAUUAGUUGUAAAUGAUGCGCGUAAAAAAACUAGCUCAACCAAGGGCAUGCAGUUUGCUGUGGAAACAUCAGAUCUGAUUGCACAUCGUGCGAAACAUUGCGUGCCAGAACGUAUAGCGGCAUUAAUCCAAGCUAUUGCAAACAGAGAUUUUCAAAAACUGGCUGAAAUCACUAUGCGCGAUUCGAAUCAAUUUCACGCUAUUGCAUUGGAUACGUAUCCGCCAUGUGUGUACAUGAAUGAUGUUUCGCAUGCGAUCGUAGAAUUCGUGCACUCGUACAACAAAGCAGCAGGAGAGAUAAGGCUUGCUUACACUUUUGAUGCAGGGCCCAAUGCUUGUCUGUACGUGUUGGAACGGGACAUAUGCGCUGCGUUGGUGGCCAUCAAAACCAGCUUUCCAAAUGAUGAGGAACAGAGUGUCGAAUAUGUUAAAGGUAUCCCAGUAGGAUGCGACCAGAAGGAGAGUAACGGUUUCAAUGGAAACGCCAGUUUGCCUAUUAAUGACAAGAAUCUCCUUAAAUAUAUUAUUCACACGCGUAUUGGCAAUGGUCCACAACGUCUGGACAAGAACGAAAGCCUUCUAGAUUCAACUCAUGCUCUGCCAGUCGAAAAUUAAAAAAAGAUCUAGCACUUUGAGCUAUCGAUGGGACAAUAAUAGUGCUUAUUCGUGACAAUAACAGUUUAUGGACUAGAAUAUUUUGUAUUUUUGCAACAAUAGUUAUGGUAUAUCAGCGAAUAGUUUACUUGCGAAUAAAUGUAUGUACUUAAGAAAAUAACAUAACACUUUUCUAACCCAAUUGACUAAGUAGACGGAAAUUACUGUAGUAGAAAUAACAUAACAAAUAAGUCGCUAACUUAGAGUGAAAAGUUGCUAAGUCCACUUUUUAUGAAAACUCAUAUUUUGAUACAGGAAGCUUGAGAAAUUAAAA